GAGAGAGAAGAAGAAGAAAAAGAAGAAGAACACUCCACAAUAUAAUUCCAGUGCUUUCCCACCGUCCUUCGCCGGAGGGGCAUGAGAAUCUGCAUUUUGAUGCGGAUUCGAAAUCUGGGUCUCCCUCAAAAUGCAAUCUUUAGGCAAGUCCAACCUCGAUUUGGAGACAGGCGGUGACGGCGGCCGGUCUUCCGGAGAGGAACUCUGCGGCGGCGGCGGCGUGGCGGCGGAAAAGGGAAGGAGAUCUUCGGCGGCGUCGGAAUGCCUGGUGGAUGUGGAUCUGGAAAGUGGGGACCGGGAAAACGAAGGGCAUUUGGGGAAACCUGUGAGGGAUUGCAGGAUAUGCCAUUUGGGGUUGGAUGCAGAGAAUCCGGACUCUGGCUUGCCCAUUGAACUGGGCUGUUCUUGCAAGGACGAUUUGGCUGUUGCUCAUAAACACUGUGCUGAGGCUUGGUUCAAAAUUAGAGGAAAUAAGACUUGCGAGAUAUGCGGAUCGAUAGCGCAAAGCGUGGUCGACAUAAAUGAUGCCGAGCACGAUCCGGAGCACUUGGAGCAGUCGAGCAACGCAAGUACAGCUACGGUGACCACAGAACUGCCGGGACCCACGACCGGAUCCCGAGACUUCUGGCAAGGUCACCGUUUUCUGAACUUCUUGCUAGCUUGUAUGGUGUUUGCCUUUGUCAUAUCUUGGCUCUUUCACUUCAAUGUACCCUCAUGAUUAUAAAGAUCCCUUGAUGAAAAAAAUGGAACAUCUGGCUAUGGUGCAUGCAGAAGAAUUGAUGAUUAUUAUAAUGUUGUUCAAACGAGCACCAGAGCUCCCUCAAAUUUGUAAUAUUCCAUGUUGUAAUGAUGUUAUAUUGUGUGUGUGUACGUUGAAUCAAUAUAAAAGAGCAUU